UCGUAAAAAUGAUACCCUGAAUGUUGUCGAAGUUGCCACAUCUGUUUUCUCUCCUCUGUUUUACUGUUUCAGUUUGGAAGAACACAAUGGGACUGUGGUCAUUUUGGAGUGUUUCCCUUUUUGCUUUCGUAUUUCUGAACCCCUUGCACUCUAAGUUUGUGGCUCAAGCGGAAAUAACUUCUCUGAAAACAAACGACAGAUUUUAUCGCCUGGAGGUUAAUCAACUGGAAGCACUUGUAACCCGAGAAUCAACGGAGGUCAAAGUCGACAAUAGUACUAAAGUUUUGAGUGCUUUUCAAUCGAGAGAAGUCGGUGCUUUGGAGGCAUACAAUGGCAAGCAAGUGGAGAAAGAAACUCAGAGAGGACUUGAAAACGAGGCACUGAUCGGAAACAAAACGGCACCAAUCUGUCUCACCAGUCUCACAAUACCUGGUCAAAAGUGCGUUAACAUUUCCGAGGACUACCAAGGACGAAUUACAGCGAAUAUAGUGUUAGGAAAAUCAUUCCCUGACACGAGAAAAAGAGUAAAAAGGGGGUUAAGUACACCAUACACCGAUCAUGUGGAUAGGAAUAUUCAUGGAGAAGCGCAGUCCAGAGAGAGGUUUGUGGAGACGGUCCAAGGUGUUUCGAGCUCCCGACCCGAGUAUCGGCGCACUGGGGAGGAAGGCAGAGGGUCUAACCCGAGGCAAAGUGAGCCGAACCUAGACACGUCCACUUUUGCUCUAUCGGGGGACUCUGCGCACAACCAGGCGAUGGUGCAUUGGUCCGGACACAACAGCAGCGUGAUCCUGAUCUUGACUAAGCUGUAUGACUUCAACCUUGGGGCUGUUACUGAGAGCUCACUGUGGAGAUCCUCCGACUAUGGGAGCACAUAUAACAAACUCAACGACAAAGUGGGCUCAAGGACAGUUUUAAGUUACCUGUACGUCUGCCCUACCAACAAACAGAAGAUAAUGAUGCUUAGCGACCCAGAGGUAGAGAGCGCUGUUCUCAUCAGUUCAGAUGAAGGGGCAAGCUUUGACAAGUAUUCCAUUACCUUCAAUAUCCUGAGCCUGCUCUUCCACCCUGCGCAGGAGAACUGGAUACUGGCGUACAGUCAUGACGGCAAGCUGUACAGUUCAAUGGACUUCGGGAGGAAAUGGCAGCUUGUGCACGACAACGUGAUGCCAGGCCGAUUCUACUGGGCGGUAAUGGGGCUGGACCGAGAAUCAGAUGUGGUCCACAUCGAGACGCGCAUCGCAAAAGGCCGCGCCCAGUACGUGAAGUGCAGAGCCCAACGAUGCACAGAAGGCAACAAACUGUACCUCUUUCCUGGAUAUGUAGACACCAACUCUAUGGUUGUGCAGGAUGAAUAUGUUUUCACACAGGUGACCAAGUCAGGACGAGCCAGCUACUUUGUCUCCUACAUGAGAGAGUCCUUCAAGCGGAUGAAAUUACCAAAAUACUGUCUACCAAAGGACAUGCAUAUUAUCAGCACCGAUGAAAAGCAGGUCUUUGCUGCGGUUCAGGAGUGGAACCAGAACAACACAUACAGCCUUUACAUCUCAGACUCCCCAGGGGUCUACUUUACCCUUUCAUUAGAGAACCUGAGAACCAGCAGAGGACCCGCCGGUAACCUGCUGGUUGACUUUUAUAAGGUUGAGGGGAUAAAUGGGAUGUAUCUUGCCAACAAACUGCUGGACACUCAUGUCAAGACUUUCAUCACAUACAACAAGGGACAAACAUGGGCCCUGCUGCCAGCUCCUGCUGCUGAUGUGGCUGGAAAUAACCUUCAUUGCAUUCUGCCAUUUUGUUCGCUGCAUCUGCAUCUGGAAAUGUCGGAGAAUCCCUACACGUCUGGACCCAUCACCAGCAAAAAGUCUGUCCCGGGAAUCAUCGUGGCUACAGGGAACAUUGGAACAGAGCUGUCCUCCACUAACCUUGGGAUGUUUAUAACAUCUGAUGCAGGAAAUAGUUGGAGACAGAUUUUCGAUGAAGAGCACAACGUGUGGUUUCUUGACAAUGGAGGGGCUCUGCUGGCGGUCUUACAUUCUCCGACGCCUAUUCGACACUUAUGGAUCAGUCUAGACGAGGGAAAAAAAUGGGAUCGUCACAGUUUCUCCUUGGCACCUCUGUAUGUGGACGGAGUUUUAAUGGAGCCAGAAUCUGACAAUCACAUUAUCACUUUCUUUGGACACUUCAGUCAUCGCUCAGAGUGGCAGCUGAUCAAGAUCGACUACAAGGGCCUGUUUAGCAAGAGAUGCAUGGAUGGAGAUUAUCAAACAUGGCAACUACACAACAAGGGGGAGCCGUGUGUGAUGGGCGAGAAGCAGAUCUAUAUGAAGCGCAGGCCAGGCAACCGUUGCAUGCUGGCCCAGGACUAUUCGAGGAUCUAUUCCUCAGAGCCAUGCCUCUGCACAGCGUAUGAUUUCGAAUGUGACUAUGGCUGGGAGCGCCAGACGAACGGGAAGUGCUCCCCAGCUUUUUGGUUCAAUCCAAACGGUGUAGCUAAAAGCUGCAGCACCAGCCAACACUUUCUUAACAGCACAGGGUAUCGGAAGGUUUUGUCCAACAACUGUAAGGAGGCCGGGAGGAACGUGUACUCACCUAAGAGGCAGGUGUGUCGUCCCAGACCCCCCCGAGGCCUGCGGCUGUCCACCAGUCAUGGAGAGCUCAGUGCCACUGUUGGAAGCAACGUCACCUUCAUGCUCUACCUCGACGACGGGGACUCGCUGAAAACCAGCAUCCAGCUAGACUUCGGAGACGGCAUCAAGAUAAUAUACUCUAACUUGAGCAGGACGGAUGACGGCAUCAGCCACAUCUACCGAGCGACUGGGAUUUACCGAGUGACAGCUAUGGCUGAAAACAGCCAGGGAUCUGACAGCAGCAUACUGUUUUUACACAUCACCAGUCCAGUGGAGCGUGUAUAUCUCUCCGCUCCUAUCGUAGCCAUCAGGGGGAAGGAGGUUAAUCUGACUGCGGUGGUCUGGCCUAGUCACAUCAGAACAUUGACCUUCUUCUGGUGGUUUCACAACAGCUCCGAGCCCAUUAUAACCUUGGAGGGAAGCGUCUCAUACACGUUUCUGAAAGAGGGAAAUAACAAGGUCACGGUCCAAGUUGCUUCUGGGAGCACCAUACUGCAAGAUUCAAAAGUUUUAACUGUUAAAGAGUUCUUCAGGUCACUGUUGUUGUCGUUCUCACCGACUCUUGAUGAGCACAACCCUGACAUCCCAGAGUGGAGAGAGGACAUCGGACGCGUGGUGCGGACAGCUCUUUCACAGGUGUCUGGAGUUUCUGAGGAUCAGCUGCUGGUGUCAAUGUAUCCUGGACUCCCAUCUACAGCAGAGCUCUUCAUCCUGCCUGAUGAACAUACAUCAACGGAGAACAAGAAAGCGGGUGAAGAGGCUCUAGUUAGGAUAUCAGAUAUUUUUGUCACUGCCCUGAACCAAGGCCUGAUCCAGUUUGAGCUGAAAGCAGAUAUUCGCAUAGUUGUGUACAUGACUCAACAAACGUUGGCUCCUCUUGUGGAUUCAAACUCCAUCCACAGUGGGUCGGCCAUGCUGAUGCUGCUCACUGUGGUGUUGGUUGGUUUAGGGGCGUUUUUCAUCUACAAGUUUAAAAGGAAAAUUCCCUGGAUCCAUGUUCAGACUGAGGACAGUCGGGAGAAAGACCCAGAGGUGAUCAGUACUGUCGGGCAAAACGACAACAUGUCCAAGGUCAAGCUCAGCGAGUUUCCCUCUCCGAAAGAACUCAUGGAAAAGGAGCUGGAGGCCAGGAGCAGUGGGGGAAUUGGAAGAAAUAUGGAGAGAAUUGUCACAAGGGAAUUUCCAAAUUGUACUAAUGUCUAAGACACUGUUACCGAGUGAGUACAGAUUGUUGUGUUACAAUUGUUCUGAAAUUGUUUGCUUUGUUAGCAUUGAUUUUAGUUCAGUUUUUUACAAUUCAUCUCACGCUUAUAGCUGCUAUCAUUUAGUCAUGUUUUUCACUCACGUGGAUAGAGUAGGUAUCUAUAAUACUUGAUGAAGAUCAAUCCACCGAGUUAGACUCAAGGGCCUCUAGUUUGAGAGCGGUGAAUUAAAGAAAUUGGCUUAUAAUGUUAGAGAGCAAAAAAUGUCCAAUUAGCAUCCAGAGCGACUAGCUUUAUGUCAAACAGAGGAUGUAUUGCUAAUAAGAGUACUUUAUGAAUAAUCAGCUGCAAAUAUGUAUGAAUUCUUCACUGCUUGUGGCAAAUCAUCAUUUUUCUUAAUUAUGUGAAACAAAGGAUAGGAAAACGGAACCAAAAAGCUAUUAAGUAAACAAUCAAAUGAGAAAAGUACAAUUAAUUUAAUGGGUCAGUACAAGAGAAAGGAUGUAUUGGCUUUACUGUGUAAAAGUCUGAUAGUUAUGUUGAGUUAUGUUGAAUUCAGCAUUUAAUGACAGGAGAUGAUAAUGUCCUACUAAAAGGACAUUAAGCCCCUCGAGGAACAUUAUAAUACAGGGAUAAAAAUUAUACAAAAUGUUAAUGUUAUAAAAGUGUUUCCCUCUACAACACAAAAUGAACCAACCAGCUAUAAAAUUUGUCAAGUGUUACAUUUGUAUUUUGUUUCCAUAAUUUGAUCAUUUUCUUUAUAUCCCUAAUAGAGGUACAACCCACAAAAACAAAAGUCGUCUGUUAUGGCAGAACACAUCUUCUUUGCCUUCAUACAAUAAAUACAACAUUUAAUUCAUUAUUUUCUAAUGUUUAAUAAACAAUUCAACUUUAAGCUCCGGAUAAACAUGAGCAUUUCCCGCUCUUUUACUAGAGGUCUUUGAGUUGUAAAUAUACACUUAUGAAUAUUUAUAUACAAAUGUCAAAAUCUGACUGUUGUGAAUGGUUUUAAGAAAUAAAUACGUAGAAGGCUCUGUAAGGUAACACGGUGCUUUCAAUGACUGUCUCAGAAGAUCGCUGAAAAAGGACAGUCUGGCCUUAGAGGGGGAAAUAAUGUAAACUUGUACAUAGAAGAAGAAGGAAUGUAAAGAGUACCGUCAUCCUACUUUCGCCUCUCUGAACAGGCAGUGUUUCUAAGACCGUCAGUCUGACAACAAGCUGUUUGUCCUCUCUUUUUUUAUUUCUUUUUUACAGUAGCAUGCCCUAAUUAUCUGUGAUAAAAGAUAAAAGUAAUACAUUAGGGUGAGCGAGUACUGUGUAUAUACCAUGGUUGGUUUUAAAGUUUACACAUUAAACAAAUUAUUAAACACCUUGUCUAAUAGUCUAGUUGUGCAAUUGCCAAA